GGUUCCGUUGACUGUCGGAGUUGUAUCGACGGAACACCACAAUGUAGAGGUCGCUUUCCCUUGAUAAACAAUGCUUAUAUGGCUUACACUUUUGUUUUAUAAUGGAAUAAUUCCCAUUUCCAUGGAGGGGAUAAAGAACGGGUUUGACGAAGAUACCCAAGACGUCAUGUGAGUCGAGGGGGUUUCCUUGAAGAGUGACCCCUUAAUAGUUCCGCUUCCCAUAAACAGGUGUACUUCUCAUCCUAUCAUACAAGAUGCCCCUGUCAGACCUCUUAGACGGUCUGAAAGACAACCCGUACUUUGGAGCUGGCUUUGGGCUCGUCGGGAUCGGGACAGCAAUGGCCUUUGCCAGGAAAGGAGCGCAGGUUGGGAUGAUUUUCUUCCGGAGGAAUUAUAUGAUCACACUGGAGGUGCCCAGCAAAGAUAAGAGUUACCACUGGCUGCUCAGUUGGAUCACAAAGCACGCAAAACACACUCAGCAUCUCAGCGUGGAGACGUCCUACCUGGCACAUGAAAGUGGACGUGUCAAAACACAGUUUGAUUUCCACCCCAGUCCUGGGAACCAUAUUAUUUGGUAUGGGAGGAAGUGGAUUCGGGUGGAGAGGACCAGGGAGAAGCAGAUGGUGGAUCUACACACUGGGACUCCCUGGGAGUCGGUCACCUUCACUGCUCUGGGAAGAGACAGACAGAUCUUCUUCAACAUCCUACAGGAAGCUAGAGAGCUGGCCCUAAAACAGGAAGAAGGGCGAACAGUGAUGUACACCGCCAUGGGUGGGGAGUGGCGGCCGUUCGGGUUUCCACGCCGACGGAGACCACUGAACUCGGUGGUACUGGAGUCGGGCGUGGCUGAGAGGAUUGUAGAUGAUGUGAAGGAGUUCAUCGGAAAUCCAAAGUGGUACACAGACAGAGGGAUCCCCUACAGGAGAGGAUAUCUGCUGUAUGGACCCCCAGGCUGUGGGAAGAGCAGCUUCAUCACUGCGCUGGCGGGAGAGCUGGGCUACAGCAUCUGCCUGAUGAGUCUGAGCGACCGCAGCCUGUCGGACGACCGCCUCAACCACCUGCUGAGCGUGGCGCCCCAGCAGAGCAUCAUCCUGCUGGAGGACGUGGACGCCGCGUUCGUCAGCCGUGACCUGCUGCCCACAGAGAACCCUGUGGCCUACCAGGGGAUGGGCAGACUGACCUUCAGCGGCCUUCUCAACUCUCUGGAUGGGGUGGCGUCCUCCGAGGCCCGCAUCGUCUUCAUGACCACCAACUUUAUCGACAGGCUGGAUGCGGCUCUAAUCCGGCCAGGUCGUGUGGACCUAAAGCAGUAUGUGGGUCACUGCACCCACUGGCAGCUGGCCCAGAUGUUUCGCCGCUUCUACCCAGCAGCGCCAAGCUCCGAGGGCGACCACUUUGCUGUGACUGCCCUGGCGGCGCUGCCAGAGAUGAGCGCGGCACAAGUCCAAGGGCAUUUUAUGUUGUAUAAAAUGGAUCCCGCGGGGGCCAUCUGCAACGUUGACAAAAUAAAUGAAUGAUGGCACAAAGAAAAGGAUUGGGAUUAUAAUUGGGAGAUGGAAAUGCAUCUUCAUGAUGAUGACCAUGCUCCUGAUAUUGAAGUGUGUUGGGCCUUGACUGGGAAGCAAUUGUCUUCAAUAUUUUGUGUGCCUGUACCUUAGAAAACCCCUGUCUCUUGACUGAAUUACCUGUCUUUGACCUCUGAGGUUUCUGGAAAUAUUGUUUGUCUCAUAUAUUAAACACUUCUGCUACCUUUGACAGACAGUCUCACUUGCUCUGCAUACUGUUUUAUAAUUAUUCUGACAGCCAUCAUUGAUAAGUUAAUGGUCAGUAACAUGGGUCUCUCCGUCCCUCAGCUCUGCAGUACUUAGAAAUACUGAAUUCUGAUAUCCUGUUCCCACUAUAUCCAAUCAGGAGUCCAUUUGAAAACACCACAAUCCAUUUACAACUCCACAAAAUGGAAAUCCCAUAUAUACUUCACAUUGCUUUUGUAUAAUAUUUAAUGCAUCAUGUACUGUAUUUUGUGUACAAAAUGUAUACAUAUGAGGGUAUUCUGUGGGUCUGUAGUGUUAGUGUUAUUUUCUGGGAUGAUGUGUUUGUCCUAAGACGGGGAGCCGAGGCACAAUCAUUUCAUUGUAUUUUUAAUUCACAUAAUUAAAUUGAACUUGAGCUGCACAAUGGAUCAUUGCGUGCAAGCUACAACCUCACCCGAGGGAUCUUUAUUCACU